CCAAUAACUCGAUGCCCUGGUAUUGGUCGCUAUGUAUCUUCGUACGUCGUGCAGGAUAAUUCUCUCUCGUAAGUCUGUAAAUAUAUACAUUUGAAAAAUAUUUCGUACACGAUGGCGUCUUUUAAGAAAACAAAUUCAAAGAUAUUUAUGAGAGCUGGACCUGAAAUAACACCGGAUAAUAUUUAUUGGAAAAAAUAUACGGCACCUGUUUUAGUGAAAGAAUUUGGUCCUAUCGAUUAUAUCGAUUUUUCACCUGUAGAGCCGCAUUACUUUGCUGUCACUUGUUCUGUCAGAGUACAAAUCUAUAAUCCGAUAACUAAAUUAGUUACAAAGAAUUUCAGUAGAUUCAAAGAAGCUGCCUAUGGCGGUUCCUUUCGUAGAGAUGGCAAAUUGUUAUGUGCAGGUGGAGAAGAGUCCGUUAUACGAUUAUUCGAUGUUAGCACAAAAAGUCUUUUACGUCUUUUCUCAGGCCAUAAAGCUGCCGUACACAGAACAUUUUUCACGGCAGACAAUCUUCACAUCGCAUCAUUUUCCGAUGAUAAAACUGUAGGACUGUGGGAUAUAGGUACUGAAAAACAAAUAAUUAGUUUUAACGAACAUACCGAUUAUAUCAGAGGCGGAGCAGUAAGUUCUGUAUCUUCGGACAUAGUAUUGUCAGGAGGUUAUGAUAAAUUAAUAAAUAUGUACGAUACUAGGACGAACAAAAAAAUUUUUACAGUAAAUCACGAAGCACCGGUUGAAAGUAUUCUAUUCUUGCCUUCUGGAGGAAUAUUUUUAUCAGCAGGUGGAACAGAUGUGAAAGUAUGGGAUGCGCUUGCCGGAGGUAGAUUAUUGGCAAAACUUUCACAACAUCAUAAAACAGUAACCUGUUUAAAAAUAACUUCCAACGGUCAUAGAAUAUUAUCUGGCUCAUUAGAUAGGCACAUUAAAAUCUAUGAUUCAGGAACGUAUAAAACUGUUCACACAUUGGACUAUCCUAAUUCGGUUCUCAGCAUGGGGAUUAGUGCAAAUGAUGAAACUAUAGUAGCUGGUAUGGUGGAUGGUUUAAUCUCGGUGCAAAGGAAAGAAGAAGAUAUAAAAGAUACGAAAGUAAAACGUAAAAAAAUGUCGUAUAAAAAUGCAGGUGAAAAUACUUAUGUAUCGAGCGUCGAUACCGUAGUACAAGAAGAAGUUAAAGAAACGAUGAGUAAACACGACACUUGGUUAAGAAAAUUUCAAUAUUCCAAAGCCUUGGAUUCUGUUAUGUUGCCUUAUGUAAUUAAUAAAACUCCACAUGUGACAGUUGCAUUAUUGCAAGAACUUAAUAAAAGACAAGGUCUUAGACAAGCUCUUGCUGGAAGAGAUGGAAAAUCUCUUGCUAAUAUCAUAAAGUUUCUAAUUAGAUACAUAGGUAAUGUUCGGUUUGGACGAGUAUUAUUACAUGUGGCCAAUGUUUUAAUGGACAUUUAUGAAGAUAAUUUAGAUGGACUUGCAGCAGAACCACGAAACAUGUUCAAUCUUUUAGCAAAUAAAUUACAAGAAGAAGAGGAUUUAAUUGUAUCAUUGGCACAAUUACAAGGUACACUUCAAAUUAUAUUAUCCGGUGCGGAAGCACAACAUAUUACGACGGCUAGAGAUAAUCAAACUUUAGAACCCUCGAGUGCUGCACAAAAAAAUCUAAUAUUUAGUAUAGCUUGAAUCUAUCAAUUUAGUAUAGUCAGAAUACUAUCAAUUUAUUAUUGUAACAUAUUAAUGUGUAUAUAUAAUUUUCCGUACAAAUUUUAAUAAAAAAUUAUUACAUAUCGUA